CCUUGCCUUCCUCGCCCUGAGGCGACGCCCCCGGGCGGCGCUCAGCCCCCCCGUCGCCAUGGCGACGGCCUUGACUCCGCGGGGCCGCCGUAGGGCGGGCGGGCGCCGCCAUCACGGGGCGGAUGGCGAGAGCGGAGCCGCCGCCGGCCGCCUUCGAGCGGCGGGUGCUGAGGAACGCGGCCGGGCACCACUACCUGCGCGUCCGUCUGGAGCUGCCCGACGGCGGGGCCCGGCCCAGCGCCGCGCAGCUGAAGCAGCUGGUGGUGGCGGCCCUGAGGGAGCUGCACGGAGAGGUUGGAGCAGCUUUGCCUGUUGAUGUCUUAACGUAUGAGGAGAAAACUCUCUCUGCAAUAUUAAGAGUUGUUAGCAGUGGCUUUGUCAAGCUGUGGAGUGCUCUAACGUUGCUGGGCUUCUACCAGAACAGAAGGUGUGCCUUUCGAGUGCUGCAGACAUCUCCGUUUCUUCUUGCGUUAUCUGGGAACAGUAGAGAACUAGUCUUGGACUGAAUGCGGUUGUUGGUUUGAUUGUAAGAAGAUGCUGCUGCUCUGCAGGUGUGGAAUUUCUAGAGGGGAUUUCCGACAAAGAGCCUUGACAAAGCUGACAGUUACAAGCUCUCUGCUUGGAUGUUCCUUACUUCAGAGUUUACAUAUAAAAGUUGGAGACAAAGCUGAACUUACUAAAGCUUUUACACAGAACGAUGUUGUUACUUUUUCUGAUUUAACAGGUGACACAAACCCUUUGCAUUUAGAUGAAGAUUUUGCAAGGAAGUCUAGGUUUGGGAGAACUAUUGUACAUGGAGUUUUGAUCAAUGGACUUAUUUCUGCAGUUUUGGGUACUAAAAUGCCUGGUCAAGGUUGUGUAUUUCUUUCUCAGGCGAUUCGAUUUCCAGCUCCUUUGUAUAUUGGAGAAGAAGUCAUAGCUGCAGCGGAAGUUAAACGACUGAAGACCUCUGUUGCACACAUCUCAGUAUCAUGUAAAGUCAAAGGAAGUGGAAAGACUGUUAUGGAAGGGAUGGUGAAAGUCAUGGUGUCAGAAAGUUAGAGCUGUUGAUCUUAUGCUACUUCACAGUAAAGGCAAAAAUACA